GAGGAGAAGUCCUUCAAGAAGUUUGGUGAGUCCUUGCUCCAACGGGCCUCGAAAGUGUCAGAGCUGCAAAGUAGUCUCGGCACCUACAAAGAGGGAGCCGACGAGAACAGGUGCGACAAAUCCCUCGAACACGCAGUGGAGAUCCUUCACACUGAGUUUGAAAAGGUGGAGUCCCUCCGGGCCGAGAUUCCUGGCCGCGACCUUUCCGUGACCGAGGAGAAGGUUUCAAUCCAAGAUUGCCAAGCAGACUCAGCUGUCUACCGCGGUGUUUCUCGAAUGCACAACUUCUUGGUGUUUUUCAGGUAUGCACUGCGUUAUCCAAGGUGUACCAAGGACCCUUCUGAGAAGCCUCAAAUCGCUGUAUGGCUGAUCCUCUUCUGGGGAGUGCCAGUGUGCAGAGGUUGGGACCCAGGUGCUGUGGUUCGGAAGCUGGCGAAGCAGGCCCCAUGCAGCCACGCUGUGGAGAUGGCCAAGGCCGCUGUUGAGGACUCACCGAAUGAUGUGCAUCUUUUGCCGCCUGCUCUGAUAGAGUUUUCAAAGAUCCGCGAGAAAGAUGCGGAGGAGGCUUGUCACAAACUUUUCAACAAGUACGGUUUGACUGUGCCUGUUGCGAUAGAUACCAUCUGUGCUGGAAAUGAAGGGGAGCUCAAGAAACUGCCUGUGGUGAAGUUUUCAUCAUGGGCGAAGUACCUUUUGGAUUCCGACAAGCUUGAGCAACUGGUUGGUGUUCCCGAGAAGGAAAUGGAGCCAAUGCUAGAAGAGUUCUGGCAGCGCUACAAGGCGCUCUACCCGGAGCACCAGGUGUUUGUUCUCUCAGAGAACCAGACUCUGCAGCUGCGGAGAACUGUGCCGGUUUUUGCACAUGUGGAUGAAGGCCGGACCUACAAGAGCAAAGCGUUGCUCAUACUGUCUGUGCAUGGCUGCCUCGGAAAGGGAACACGUAGCUCUGUCAAACGAUGUGUUCGCAAGCCUCACAUCAAACAGGACCCCAUGGGCACGAACUAUAUUGGUUCAACUUGGAAGACACAUUUUACUAUUGGCAGCCUUUUGCGUAGCCUUAUCAAUGCGGAUGCUUCGUGCCUGGACAAGCUCAUGGCUGCUUUUGGCUCUGACAUGACCGAUCUGGCCACCCAGGGUGUUACAAGUGAGUGUGGAGACAAGCGGCUCUGGGUCCAAAUCUUGGCCAUCAAGGGCGAUUUACCCGCCCUGGGCAAGAUUGGUAAUUUUGUGCGCAAUUACAGCAGAGUCCCGAAGAAGCAGCAGUCCAAGAAGCCAUGCUUGGGCAUAUGUUGGAUGUGUUCAGCUGGCAAAGAAUUUCCUCAUCGGGUCCCAUUUGAAGACUUCAGGCCUGGGGCGGCCUGGACAAAGACACUUUUUGAAGAGCGGCCAUGGGAUGUGGAGCCGCCAGUCCUGGCGGCGAUUCCGUGCUUGCCAGACCAGCCCGAAGCAUUUUUCAUGACAGAUUUCUGGCAUAACUUUCAUAACGGCCUGGCCAAGUUUUGGGUGGCGAAUGCACUGGUCAUGUUUGUCUUUGAAGAGGGCUUGAUCCCAGCACGGUCGAUCGAGAAGAAGCUGGAGUGGAUUUCAGCUGAUUUUCGGAGCUAUUGCAAGCGAGUCAAUAUCACACCGUUUCUCACAGAGUUUACGCGAGACAACCUCAGCCUGGACUCUUUCGCCUCCUACCCGCAAGGCUUGUGGAGCAAAGCAGAGGUGUCCACCCAAACGAUGCUCUACUUGCAGGACUUUUGCGAGAGAUUCGACUUCAACGAGAGGACUCCGGAUAAGAUCUUUUCCGGGAUCGCCUCUUGCAUUGCCAACAUACAACUUAUGUUUACCAGGGUGUGUAAAGCAAUUCGGGUUUAA